AUGGCUGUUUUGUAUCUAUUUCACAUUAGUGAAGAUGCAGAGUUACUGUGGCGUUUGGCACGGGCAUCACGUGAUAUAGCUCAGCUUAGCGGAACCUCCGAAGAGGAGAAGAAGCUCCUGGUGUAUGAAGCCUUGGCGUACGCAAAGAGAGCGCUAGAGAAAAAUGACUCAAGCUUUGCAGCUCAUAAGUGGUAUGCAAUCUGUAUUAGUGAUGUUGGAGAUUAUGAAGGCAUCAAGGCUAAAAUUGCAAAUGCCUACGUCAUCAAGGAGCAUUUUGAGAAAGCAAUUGAAUUGAACCCUAAAGAUGCCACCUCAAUUCACCUUAUGGGUAUUUGGUGUUAUACGUUUGCUGAAAUGCCUUGGUAUCAGAGGAGGAUUGCUAAAGUGCUGUUUGCGACCCCACCCAGCUCCACCUAUGAGGAGGCCUUAAGCUACUUUCAAAGGGCAGAGCAAGGAAAGACCUAUUUGAAGCUACACAACAAAAAGCUUGCCGCGUUCUGGCUGGUGAAAGCCAGGGAUUACCCGGCACACACGGAGGAGGACAGACAGAUACAGACAGAAGCUGCUCAGUUGCUUACUGGUUUCAGUGACAAGAACUGAACAUUUUUCAGAGAAGAAAACACAUGACGUAUCUAGGAAACACUGCCUUUUUGUCAAAUUAUAAGUACAUGGACACUAACUGUGCUGUCUGUUUUCUCGGUUCUUUUAAUUAAUGUGACCAUUUAACAGAUUAAACAUACAAACUCCUAGAUUUCUUCACAAAUAACAGGGCAAAAGAAGUAACUGCCACUGGUUGGUAUAGGCCUGUCAGUGGCUCAGAGGCAGAGAUGACUGCAUUUGGGACACCAGCGAUGCAGUGGUGUGACAUUUCUGAGGACCGGUGACAGCAGGGUGGAAGGACCGGGAGAAGGAGGCUGUGUGCAGGGAGGCUGAGGUGGGGGCAUCUUCAAGUUGGGCUGAUUUCAUGGUUGGUUAAGACCCUGCAGAAGCUGCAGUGACAGGCGGGGGGAUGGAGCAGAGGGUCCACGCACCAGGUAGUAACUCAGGGAUGGGACAGAACCCGCGUCGGGAGAGCCCGCUUAAAUGUGACCUGGUCGCACAAGUGGCUGGGCUUGUGUCUAGAGAAAGGCCAAAUUGUGUUCCCUGCUGGGGUGGGAGGAACACAGAACUGAGGGUGAAAUGGAAAGUAAGGGGCUUUCAGUGGACGGGCUGGGUGCCAGCGCUGCGGAAGCUGCGGCUCCAUGGAGAGGAGCGUGUUGACUGCCGGAGCUGAGUGUGUGUGUGGGGAGCGUGUGCUGGUGUCAUGUGUGUGCUCAAGCCAAAAGGAAGACUACUGGGCUGUGGACCUGUCUCUGACUGGACAUGUAGGUUUAUACAUAUUCCAAAGCCUGAAAUGAACACAGACAACACACUUCCUCCCUGACCACUGACUGGUGCAUUGUCUCAGAAUAAGGAUGUUCCUCACAGACACGGACACAGCCAGGACGUUAGCAGCCACGUUAUCAUCGAGUGAGCUAACCACUAAGUUUCCAAGUGUGCCACGGCGUCUGAACUUUUUAAAACCAGGAUCCAAACAGCAUAGGUACAUUGCAUUUGAUUUUCCGCCUUAGUUUUUAAAAAUCUGAAACAGUUCCCGCAUCUGUUUUCUCAGAGCACUGACUGUGUGAAGGGCCAGUUCCAGGUUGGCCUACUGAGCGCUGAGCCCCGUGCACCCCUCCCUGGGCCGGCACUGCGGCUCCAUGGAUGGACGUGGUCCUUCUCACCUCACUCUGGCUCUCUUUUUUUAUUUCUAUUCCAUGUCCUUUUAUUUUUGCUUUUCUUCUUAGAUACUUUUGUCUUCAUUUAUGUUUGUGUCUUUUUUUUCCUGAUCCCGGCAGCAGGCAUUUCCAUCUUCAUGUUUGUCCAGUUCAGUUUGAUUUUCUAAUGUGGAUUUUUUUCAUAUCUGCAAUUAUUUAUUCACAUUUAAUUCAUGUGUGUUGUGUUAAAGAAUUUUGCUCGUUUUUGUAUUUUGAGUAUUUUCAUCAGAAAUUUUUGCAUUUGUUUUCUCUUUAGAGUGACUUUGAGCCUUGUUUUCUGGAAGGUGAUUUGUGUGUGUGUGUGGAGUUGCCAGCAGUGCCAGGUAAUCAGAUGGAGGUGAGAGGUUUGGGCUAAAGAACGCUGUCGGCUAGGUCGUUUUUAUGAAAUGAGGUGUCUUUUAGGAAUAAAGCCUUUUACUGGGGGAGGGUCUGCCUUCUGACAUUUUAUAGAGCUUUAAAAGGUUUUGUACUUUGAAAUAAUCAUAGAUUCAUAAGAA